UCAGACCUUUGACCACUUUUAAUCCUAUAAUUGAUAACAAUGGGACACAACCUAUAAGAAACGAUAAUCAAGAAGGAAUACAUAAUCAGCAAAAUAUUCGAUUCAUUAAUAAUGAAGACACAUUGAAACGAAUUGCAAACCUUCCUACGCAAGUUACAAAUGAUCCAUUGAUAGAUGGAUUUUUCAAUG